CCGCUACUUCGCACUACACCCAUCAUGUCGUCCGAUCUCGUCCUCGUCUCUGGCACUACCGGCUUCCUCGGCACCGCCGUCACCCUCGCCUACCUCAAGAAGGGCUACCGCGUUCGCGGCACGGCUCGUUCGUCCGAGAAGGCGCAGAAGUGGGAGAAGAAGCACGCCGACCAGUUCGAGCAGGGCAAGCUCGAGUGGGCCAUCGUCAAGGACAUCGCCGCCGAGGGCGCGUUCGACGAGGCCAUCAAGGGCGUCACGAUCCUCGCUCACACCGCUUCGCCUUUCCACUACGACGUCAAGGACAACGAGAAGGACAUGCUCAUCCCGGCCCGCGACGGCACCCGUCACGCCCUUCGCGCCGCUCAGAAGGAGUCGUCGGUCAAGCGCGUCGUCGUCACGUCGUCGUUUGCCGCCGUUCUCGACUUCAACCGCAUGUCGCCCGACGUCACGUUCUCGCACGAGGACUGGAACCCGGCGACGUGGGACGAGGCCAAGAAGAGCGACAACCCGACUUACGUCUACUGCGCGAGCAAGAAGCUCGCCGAAGAGGAGGCGUGGAAGAUUGCUAAGGAGCCCGAGACCAAGUUCCGCCUCUCGACCAUCUGCCCUCCCCUCAUCACCGGCCCUCCGCAGCAGGUCAUCGAGUCGCUCGACUCGCUCAACACGUCGUCGGGCGCCGUCUGGGGCGUCGUCGACGCCGAGAAGAUUCCCGACACGUCGUUCCCCGUCGGCACCGACGUGCGCGACAUCGCCGACCUGCACGUGCUCGCGUCGACGACCGACGAGGGCGCCGACAAGCGCUUCCUCACGAUCGCCUUCCACUUCGACAACACCCAGAUCGCCGCCAUCGCGCGCAAGUCGUUCCCCGAGCUCAAGGACCGCGUCGUCGAGGCGCCCGUCUCGGAGGGCUCGCCCCACUUCUCGACCGACGCGUCGCUCGCCGAGAAGACGUUUGGCUUCAAGUGGAUCUCGUUCGAGCAGUCGGUCAAGGACACGCUCGCCGAGAUCCUCAAGGUCGAGAAGGAGCUCAAGCACUAGACGCCCCGGCGUCAUGCGCGCGCGAGGUGGAGCUGGAGGAGCGG